AUGGAACACAUGACAAGUAUUGGAGAUGGAGUGAAUGAUGAAAAUGUGUUGUUUGGAAUGAUGGAAAAAGGCGGCGGUAGUGGCGGUGGCGGUGGUGGCGGUUGUAAUAACGAUGACGUGAGUUUGAAGAAAGGUCCUUGGACAACAGGAGAGGAUGCAAUUUUGAUAGAUUAUGUAACAAAACAUGGUGAAGGGAAUUGGAAUGCAGUUCAAAGGAAUACAGGCUUGAAUCGUUGCGGGAAAAGUUGUAGGCUUAGAUGGGCUAAUCAUUUAAGACCUAAUUUGAAAAAAGGAGCAUUUUCUCAUGAUGAAGAGAAACUCAUUGUUGAACUUCAUGCUCAGUUUGGUAACAAAUGGGCUCGAAUGGCUGCGUUGUUACCGGGAAGAACAGAUAAUGAGAUCAAGAAUUACUGGAACACGAGAAUCAAACGUCGUCAACGACAAGGUCUUCCUCUUUAUUCAGACGAACAUGAUCGUCCGAACACACCAACAACACCUUCACCAUGUGUUACACCGACAGGUUCAAAUCUUAACAACAACAUCACGCCAAAAUUCGAGUUUUUCAACCAAUAUCAUCAUCAACAACAACAUCAUCUUCAACAGCAACAGCAACAGCAACAACAACAUCUUCAUCCUUUGUCUCCAACACCAACUCAUCAUCAUUCUCCUCUCUCUUCGCCACUCCAACAUAGACAACAACAACAUUCUUAUUCUCCUCACACAUUCUUAGACACUUCAUCAUCUUCUUCGCAACUUUCCUUCACUUUUCAAAGACCUGCACCACUCUUAUCUACACCGCUUCGCUUCAAACGAUACCGUUCAACAUCAAAUUUUGGACUAAUCCCGAAUUCCAUGACACAAAAUUGCUCUUCUUCACUCAACGAUCCUUCUUUAACUUCUCAUCAUCAUCACGAUAGCUUCCGGUUUCCAAUGCAAUACAACUCAAACUUUCCUCACUAUUUUCAUUCUCCUUUGUUAGAAUCCGAUCUAGCCGUUUCUUCAUCGUCCUCCUCGCCUUUCUCAGCGAAGUUGGAGCUACCUUCAAAUCAAUAUUUAAGAACACACUCAGAACAAGAUGUUAAGCCUAAUAUUGAUUUCAAUGAUCCAAAUUCUUUUCAAAAUAAUAACAGUAGUAUCAUGAUGGGAGAUAUUUUAAUGGAAGCACAAACCCUAGCAUCUGGCCAAAAUUCAAAGAAAAGACAUUACUUAAGCUUAAAUGAAGAAAAUGAUAUGUUCAAUGGAUGUCAAGGCAUUGAUGAUUUUACACUAAGCUCUAUUUAUUGGCCUUCUAAUUCAGGAAUAAAACCAAAGGAAGAAACACCAGACCUAAGCAAAUUUAUGAAUGAUGAAAUGUCAACAAUGCUAACAGUGAUGCCAUCAUCAACAAUGCAAAGUCAAGAUUGGAAUGAUAAUAAUAAUAAUAAUGAUAAUAUUAACGAUAACAAUGCAUCAGAAGUGACCAAUGUUCAAUCUUCUAGUGGUGUAAUGGGAGAUGAAAAUUUUGGACUUGAUAUUAAGCCUAUAGCUUCAUUGUUUCCUCUUACAAAUACUACAAACAAUGAUAAUGGUAAUGAAAACAAUGGUUGCUACACUUGGGACAAUUUAUCUGGACUAUGUUAA